CAGAGUUUUUAGGUGUACCCCAGAUCAUUUUCGAAUCUCCUCCCCCACCAAACUGGAGCCGCGUCCCCCACCACAGAUCCCCCAUCAAAACCGAUUGCGGGGCUGAAGCGGCACCAAAGCCGUAGACUUAUAUAUAUGCUUCUGGCUGGGUGGUGAUUUGUAAGAGAAAGAUCCUGUCGCUACUAUCAUGAUCCAAGCUGUCCCCGAAUCUCCAGUCGCCGUUGUCCCCGACGGCAUCUAUACCCCCAUCAUCACCUACUUUUUGGACGAUGGCCUCCACACUUUGGACACCAAAACCCAGGUAAAGCAUGCCACCAUGCUCUACCAGAAGGGUAUCCAGGGUUUGGUGGUAUCCGGGUCCAUGGGGGAGGCUGCGAAUCUCACUAUGGGUGAGAGGCUCGCAUCGUUGAAGGCUAUUCGUGAUGCGAUUCCUGACAGAAACUUUAAGAUCAUUGCGGGAGUGCCACCUCUGAGUGCCCGAGACGUGAUCGAGGAAUCGAAGUUGGCUGCUGAAGUCGGCGCUGACUUCCUCAUUGUGUUGGUUCCGGGAUUUUUUGGUCCCAAUUUGGUCAGCCAGGAUGGCCUUGUCGAUUACUUCAAUGAAGUUGCUGACAGCUCCCAUCUCCCAAUCAUUAUCUACAACUUCCCAGGAACGUGCAACGGGGUCGAUAUUAACAUUGACACCUUCCUUGCGUUAUCUGAAAACCCCAACAUCGUGGGUGUCAAGCUCACGCACUUCAACUUGGCUACCUACACACUCUUGGGCCAGAACAAGCGUUUUAAAGAAAACAACUUCAAGCCAUUCACUGGCCUUGGUCAGGUCUUGAUUCCAGCUCUUUCGGUAGGUUUAUGUGGGGCCAUCGAUGGGUUGUCUGGAAUUUUCCCCAAGACGAUGCUUCAGCUCUACAAGCUUUACAAAGAGGGCAAAAAUGCAGAAGCUGCUGCCUUGCAGCACGCAGUCACUUUGGUAGACGAAAUGAUUUCCGAGUUGAAUGUGGUUGGUGUCAAGCGUGCCGUACAUGAGAUCCACGGGUUUGGCGAACUCUUAUCCGGCAGGCCACCAUUAAGUAAGGUUGCAGAUGCCAAAGCAUACAGUAAGCACGAAGCCAACAUCAGGGCAUUGCACAAAAUCGAAAAGUCCUUAUAGGCUAUUAAGUAGAACCAAUAAAGAACAAAAAUACCUAGAUAAACCGUAGUUCAAUGAACCGGGUAGCCGAUGCGAGGCAAGUGUAACGUCGAAUAGUUCUAUUAAGCAGCGCAGAACAACAUAUACAAGGAGCAAUUCUACCAGGAGGUCACACUACUGGUCUCAGCUUCGGUUUUUUCAACUACACUCUAACUCGCAGCACACCACAUGCGGGCUAUUACCUUGUUCCCCAGAAAUUGAAAAGGUUAUCCAACCCCAUCAAUAAUGAAAUCACCGACCCCCUUUGUCCCAGAAAUCAAACAGUUCGUAUUUUCCCCACAAAUUAAUUGCUGAUCCCCACCCACCCCAUCAAUUUCGAAAUCGGCGCCCUCGUAUUUUCCCCAGGGAUAACCAGCG